AUGGGCGGCGACGGCCGCGAACUCGAAAUUGGCGACCUCGUGGACGUGCCUGGGUCUAUGACCGGUGUUGUCAAGUUCGUCGGCAGCGUGCGCGGCAAGCCUGGUGUUUUCGCCGGUGUUGAACUUAGCAGACAGUAUGCUUCGCGCGGGAAGAACGACGGCGACGUGGAUGGUACGAGCUAUUUUAACACCUCCAUCCCCGGCUCUGGGAUAUUCUUACCAGUUCACCGAGCAAAGAAGCGAUCACCUUCCGGCUCCGACCUGCCCCCAACCCCUACGACCCCUUCGUACGGUAGCAAGUUCAGCGCCUCCUCUCGCGAAAGACCAAACUUCAGCGCAUCGACACGCGCAAGACAAGACUUCAGCGCCUCCACUCGCGAGAGACCAGACCAUAGCCCUGAUACGCCCUCGAUACCCAAAUUCUCUCAGUCCCUCGGUCCUGGUGCCCGGGCAUCGAGCCCACAGUUCAAACAACCAGGCAGACCCUCCCUACCGCGACCCGAGUCCCCUUUUCGCAAGCAGCCCAAUCUUGCGCCCACACCUAGUAGAGCUGGCUCGAUCACACCAUCGGGUUUCUCCAAGAGUAUCGGCGCUCCCAGGUUCAAUAGCCCUGGACCUAAGACUUCGGCCUUCCAGAAGCCGCGGACACCAGGUCCACCUCGGCCAUAUUCGCGCAAUAAUUCGCGUCUGGGUCAUCACGAUACCAUUGACGAAGAUGCAGAGACUACACCAACAGCCAACAGAGUCAGCAAUAAUUCAAUGGCAAGCUCUACUCGCCGAAGACCUGGCUCGAGUCAGUCCGAUGAGGAGGUGACGCGUCUGAGCAAACUCCUCGAGGAACGUGACAAGCAACUCAAAGAGCAAGCUGCAUCGCUUGCGGAGAUGGAGUCUAGUCUGGCAGAAAUCCAAAGCAUGCUACCAGAGGACGGUAUGAGUUUCGGGUCAUCCUCCCACAGGAACAGUGGCGACGAAUCGAACGAUGUGGCACAGUUACGGUCGCUGCUUCGCGAGAAGAACGAGAAGAUCGCUAUGCUUACGGCUGAGUUCGACGCACACCGAGCGGACUUCCGAAGUACUAUCGAUACUCUUGAGCUGGCUAGCACGGAGACUGAACGUGUAUACGAACGGAAAGUGGAAGAGUUGCAGGAAGAACUGCGGGAGCUACAUUCGAGAGGCGAAGAUGUUGCAACUGUAGCCAUGCAGUUGAAACAGCUUGAAGAACUUGUGCAAGAGCUCGAGGAAGGUCUAGAGGAUGCUAGGAGAGGCGAAGCUGAAGCUCGUGGCGAAGUUGAGUUCCUCCGCGGUGAAGUCGAGCGCGGCCGGUCCGAACUGCGUCGAGAGCGGGAGAAGGCUGCAGCAGCCUUGAAGGGCGCAAAAGCGAUCGAGGAUGGUCCUGCGAGCCCUGGCGCGCGUGAUCUGGAGCAGCGAGACGAUGAAAUCCGCGGUUUGAAAGCUAUCAUUCAUUCAUUAAGCUCUGGUCCUGCCGAGGAGCACGGCCGUUCACCAUUAUCACGUCAUGGAUCCUCCGUGAACCCUGAAGAGCUUCAUACUGCAAAUGCAAGAGUGGAGGCAGUAGAGCGAGAGAAAGAGGAGCUUCGUGGGCUUGUCGAGCGCAAAGCAUUCAGGGAGGAGGAGCUUGAGCGGGAGAUUGAGCGACUGAAAGAGCAACUCAAUGCCAAUGCCCAACGCGAGAGUUUCAUUAGCAAUGGCGUCUCGGAGCAUACCGCCAAGGAAGAAAAGCGGUCCUCCGGACGCGAUUCGAAAGGGACUGUAGUGAGCUGGAGAGGUUCUCCUCAAGCCACCCGCCGCGACGCUCCACCGCUACCACUCGUACCCAUGACUGAAUCCGCUGAUGGCCUCUCCUCCGGCGAUGGCGACAACAUGUGGUGUGGCUUCUGCGAAGGCGGCGGUCACGACAUCCUCAACUGUCCAUCUAUGGGCGGGGCAGAAAUCUCAAAGGCACCAAGCGGUGCUCGCAACGGCAAAGAUGCGGUCAUCGAGGGCCUACGAAACCUUUCUGUAUCUUCCAACGGGCUACGUCCCUCAGCAGUAACUCCAACAAAAGCGCCGGGCAAUGCUCCAACUGGUGAGCUACCUCCGCCGCCACCGCCGGCAUUUAGCCCCAGCUCUCCGAGCGCAGGCCUCGUCCCUCCCAAGGGCGAAUCAGCACCUGACCCAGAUAAGUGGUGUGCUCUUUGCGAAAACGAGGGCCACGAUGUUACGGCCUGUCCUAAUGAAGAUGCGUUUUAG